AUGGCGAAGCAGGUUCAGAAUUUGGCUGCUUGGGGAUACGUCGUUGAGCCUAAUGCAAGAGGCUUCAGAAACGUUCCCUUCUCCGGCCCUGGGAGACAUUGCAACAUUUACCACCCCAAAGCGGAGUCCCCCGAUGUGCCUAUCACUACUUUCACCGUCAACGACGACAAUAGUCUGCUCAAGAUCCCCCGCGCCUUCAAUACGCAGAACGAUCUUCGGCCCAAGGGGCAGAAAUUGAAUCUACGAGAUCAAAUCGUGUCGUUUUGGACCGACGUCGAGGGUCGUGAUCUCAAGACUCUCAAACGUAUCGAGUAUUCAAACGUUGUCGAGGACAAUCUUCGGAGACAGAUGGAGGUCGUUUACGAUAUGAUGGAAAAAGAUGAGUUCGACGAGCUCACGGUCAAGCGUACGGACCCUGCCUUUCAAUUGCUGCUAACCACGACCCCAUUCGUGAAUGGGGUGCAGAAGAUGCUGGACGAAUACGCUGACAAGUUUGCAGGGAAGAAGAUUGAUAGUUUGCAUUUUGAUGCCGUCGGCGGCUUUGAGUCAUUUGAUUUCAUCAUUACGCUUACUUAG